AUGCCUUCCACCGCCACCAACGUUGCCAUGGCCGGCGUCGGUGCCUUCGCGGCAGCGGGUGCCUUGAGCGGUGCCUUCGUGGCGCCUGCGGGCCAGGUCCAGCGCAGUGAGCCCCAGACGCAGAGGACCAACCUCCGCGCAGCAGGCUAUGGCUCUUCUCAGGCUGCCGGCGUUGGCGCCAUGGCCGGCCUCGGUGCCGUGGCUGGCCUGGCCGCCGCAGGAGUGGCUGGCAAGCGCGCCAGCAAGGGACGCACCUCCCUCCAGGCCGUGGGCGUGGGCAUCAACGGCUUCGGCCGCAUCGGUCGCCAGGUGGCCCGCAUCGCCAUGAAGGAUCCGGAGACCGACUUGAAGUUGAUUAAUGCGAGCUACGACGCAGACUACUUGGCCUACAUGAUGAAGUACGAUACGAUUCAUGGCAAGUAUGAUGGAACUGUCGAGGUCGAUGGCGACUCCCUGGUCAUUGACGGGCAGACGGUGGCACUGUCCCACACCCGUGACCCUGCAGAGAUUCCCUUCAAGGAGCAUGGUGCAGAGUACGUGUGCGAGUCCACGGGCGUGUUCCUGACCACCGACAAGGUGCAGCCUCACUUGAAGGCCGGUGCCAAGAAGGUGAUCUUCUCCGCUCCCGCCAAGGACGACUCCCACACCAUCGUCAUGGGCGUGAACGAGGACACCUAUGAUCCAUCCAUGGAGUGCGUGUCCUGUGCCUCCUGCACCACCAACGGCCUGGCCCCAGCAGUCCGCGUCCUGCAAGAGAAGUUCGGCAUCAAGCGCGGCCUCAUGACCACCUGCCACGCCAUGACCGCCUCGCAGCCCACCGUGGAUGGCACCUCCAAGAAGGACUGGCGUGGGGGACGUGCCGGCCCGGGCAACAUCAUUCCCAGCUCCACUGGUGCCGCGAAGGCAGUGGCGAAGGUCCUUCCGGCUGUGAAGGGCAAGCUUACUGGCAUGGCCUUGCGCGUGCCGACCAUCGACGUGUCCGUGGUGGACCUCACGUGCGAGCUGGAGAAGGAGACCACCUACGAGGAGAUCUGCGCAGAGAUGAAGAAGCGUUCCGAGGGCGACAUGAAGGGCUACCUGGGCUACACCGACGAGGCUGGCAUCAUGCUGGACCCCACCUUCGUCAAGGUGGUUUGCUGGUACCUUGGGUACGACAACGAGUGGGGCUACUCCUGCCGCGUCGUGGACCUCAUCAAGCACAUGGCCAAGGAGGAUGCCAAGGCACGAAUUCCAAAUUUCCUCAACUUGAAGCGUGCCUUCCCUAGCAGCCGCGUGCCAGCAAAGUAUCACAGCCCUCAUCUGGUCCUUGCCACCAUGCCUUCCGCCACCAACGUUGCCAUGGCCGGCGUCGGUGCCUUCGCGGCAGCGGGUGCCUUGAGCGGUGCCUUCGUGGCGCCUGCGGGCCAGGUCCAGCGCAGUGAGCCCCAGACGCAGAGGACCAACCUCCGCGCAGCAGGCUAUGGCUCUUCUCAGGCUGCCGGCGUUGGCGCCAUGGCCGGCCUCGGUGCCGUGGCUGGCCUGGCCGCCGCAGGAGUGGCUGGCAAGCGCGCCAGCAAGGGACGCACCUCCCUCCAGGCCGUGGGCGUCGGCAUCAACGGCUUCGGCCGCAUCGGUCGCCAGGUGGCCCGCAUCGCCAUGAAGGAUCCGGAGACCGACUUGAAGUUGAUUAAUGCGAGCUACGACGCAGACUACUUGGCCUACAUGAUGAAGUACGAUACGAUUCAUGGCAAGUAUGAUGGAACUGUCGAGGUCGAUGGCGACUCCCUGGUCAUUGACGGGCAGACGGUGGCACUGUCCCACACCCGUGACCCUGCAGAGAUUCCCUUCAAGGAGCAUGGUGCAGAGUACGUGUGCGAGUCCACGGGCGUGUUCCUGACCACCGACAAGGUGCAGCCUCACUUGAAGGCCGGUGCCAAGAAGGUGAUCUUCUCCGCUCCCGCCAAGGACGACUCCCACACCAUCGUCAUGGGCGUGAACGAGGACACCUAUGAUCCAUCCAUGGAGUGCGUGUCCUGUGCCUCCUGCACCACCAACGGCCUGGCCCCAGCAGUCCGCGUCCUGCAAGAGAAGUUCGGCAUCAAGCGCGGCCUCAUGACCACCUGCCACGCCAUGACCGCCUCGCAGCCCACCGUGGAUGGCACCUCCAAGAAGGACUGGCGUGGCGGACGUGCCGGUCCGGGCAACAUCAUUCCCAGCUCCACUGGUGCAGCGAAGGCAGUGGCGAAGGUCCUUCCGGCUGUGAAGGCCUUCCCUAGCAGCCGCGUGCCAGCAAAGUAUUGCAGCCCUCAUCUGGUCCUUGCCACCAUGCCUUCCACCGCCACCAACGUUGCCAUGGCCGGCGUCGGUGCCUUCGCGGCAGCGGGUGCCUUGAGCGGUGCCUUCGUGGCGCCUGCGGGCCAGGUCCAGCGCAGUGAGCCCCAGACGCAGAGGACCAACCUCCGCGCAGCAGGCUAUGGCUCUUCUCAGGUUGCCGGCGUUGGCGCCAUGGCCGGCCUCGGUGCCGUGGCUGGCCUGGCCGCCGCAGGAGUGGCUGGCAAGCGCGCCAGCAAGGGACGCACCUCCCUCCAGGCCGUGGGCGUGGGCAUCAACGGCUUCGGCCGCAUCGGUCGCCAGGUGGCCCGCAUCGCCAUGAAGGAUCCGGAGACCGACUUGAAGUUGAUUAAUGCGAGCUACGACGCAGACUACUUGGCCUACAUGAUGAAGUACGAUACGAUUCAUGGCAAGUAUGAUGGAACUGUCGAGGUCGAUGGCGACUCCCUGGUCAUUGACGGGCAGACGGUGGCACUGUCGCACACCCGUGACCCUGCAGAGAUUCCCUUCAAGGAGCAUGGUGCAGAGUACGUGUGCGAGUCCACGGGCGUGUUCCUGACCACCGACAAGGUGCAGCCCCACUUGAAGGCCGGUGCCAAGAAGGUGAUCUUCUCCGCCCCCGCCAAGGACGACUCCCACACCAUCGUCAUGGGCGUGAACGAGGACACCUAUGAUCCAUCCAUGGAGUGCGUGUCCUGUGCCUCCUGCACCACCAACGGCCUGGCCCCAGCAGUCCGCGUCCUGCAAGAGAAGUUCGGCAUCAAGCGCGGCCUCAUGACCACCUGCCACGCCAUGACCGCCUCGCAGCCCACCGUGGAUGGCACCUCCAAGAAGGACUGGCGUGGGGGACGUGCCGGCCCGGGCAACAUCAUUCCCAGCUCCACUGGUGCAGCGAAGGCAGUGGCGAAGGUCCUUCCGGCUGUGAAGGGCAAGCUUACCGGCAUGGCCUUGCGCGUGCCGACCAUCGACGUGUCCGUGGUGGACCUCACGUGUGAGCUGGAGAAGGAGACCACCUACGAGGAGAUCUGCGCAGAGAUGAAGAAGCGUUCCGAGGGCGACAUGAAGGGCUACCUGGGCUACACCGACGAGGCCCUGGUGUCCACGGACUUCGAGACCAACCCGAUCUCUUGCACUUUCGACUCCAAGGCUGGCAUCAUGCUGGACCCCACCUUCGUCAAGGUGGUUUGCUGGUACGACAACGAGUGGGGCUACUCCUGCCGCGUCGUGGACCUCAUCAAGCACAUGGCCAAGGAGGAUGCCAAGGCACGAAUUCCAAAUUUCCUCAACUUGAAGCGUGCCUUCCCUAGCAGCCGCGUGCCAGCAAAGUAUCACAGCCCUCAUCUGGUCCUUGCCACCAUGCCUUCCGCCACCAACGUUGCCAUGGCCGGCGUCGGUGCCUUCGCGGCAGCGGGUGCCUUGAGCGGUGCCUUCGUGGCGCCUGCGGGCCAGGUCCAGCGCAGUGAGCCCCAGACGCAGAGGACCAACCUCCGCGCGGCAGGCUAUGGCUCUUCUCAGGCUGCCGGUGUCGGCGCCAUGGCCGGCCUCGGUGCCGUGGCUGGCCUGGCCGCCGCAGGAGUGGCUGGCAAGCGCGCCAGCAAGGGACGCACCUCCCUCCAGGCCGUGGGCGUGGGCAUCAACGGCUUCGGCCGCAUCGGCCGCCAGGUGGCCCGCAUCGCCAUGAAGGAUCCGGAGACCGACUUGAAGUUGAUUAAUGCAAGCUAUGACGCAGACUACUUGGCCUACAUGAUGAAGUACGAUACGAUUCAUGGCAAGUAUGAUGGAACUGUCGAGGUCGAUGGCGACUCCCUGGUCAUUGACGGCCAGACGGUGGCACUGUCCCACACCCGUGACCCUGCAGAGAUUCCCUUCAAAGAGCAUGGUGCAGAGUACGUGUGCGAGUCCACGGGAGUGUUCCUGACCACCGACAAGGUGCAGCCCCACUUGAAGGCCGGUGCCAAGAAGGUGAUCUUCUCCGCUCCUGCCAAGGACGACUCCCACACCAUCGUCAUGGGCGUGAACGAGGACACCUAUGAUCCGUCCAUGGAGUGCGUGUCCUGUGCCUCCUGCACCACCAACGGCCUGGCCCCGGCAGUCCGCGUCCUGCAAGAGAAGUUCGGCAUCAAGCGCGGCCUCAUGACAACCUGCCACGCCAUGACCGCCUCGCAGCCCACCGUGGAUGGCACCUCCAAGAAGGACUGGCGUGGCGGACGUGCCGGCCCGGGCAACAUCAUUCCCAGCUCCACCGGUGCCCCCCCCCCGAAGACGGGACACCUAGAUUUCCGCGUGCCAGCAAAGUAUCACAGCCCUCAUCUGGUCCUUGCCACCAUGCCUUCCACCGCCACCAACGUUGCCAUGGCCGGCGUCGGUGCCUUCGCGGCAGCGGGUGCCUUGAGCGGUGCCUUCGUGGCGCCUGCGGGCCAGGUCCAGCGCAGUGAGCCCCAGACGCAGAGGACCAACCUCCGCGCAGCAGGCUAUGGCUCUUCUCAGGCUGCCGGCGUUGGCGCCAUGGCCGGCCUCGGUGCCGUGGCUGGCCUGGCCGCCGCAGGAGUGGCUGGCAAGCGCGCCAGCAAGGGACGCACCUCCCUCCAGGCCGUGGGCGUGGGCAUCAACGGCUUCGGCCGCAUCGGUCGCCAGGUGGCCCGCAUCGCCAUGAAGGAUCCGGAGACCGACUUGAAGUUGAUUAAUGCGAGCUACGACGCAGACUACUUGGCCUACAUGAUGAAGUACGAUACGAUUCAUGGCAAGUAUGACGGAACUGUCGAGGUCGAUGGCGACUCCCUGGUCAUUGACGGGCAGACGGUGGCACUGUCCCACACCCGUGACCCUGCAGAGAUUCCCUUCAAGGAGCAUGGUGCAGAGUACGUGUGCGAGUCCACAGGCGUGUUCCUGACCACCGACAAGGUGCAGCCUCACUUGAAGGCCGGUGCCAAGAAGGUGAUCUUCUCCGCUCCCGCCAAGGACGACUCCCACACCAUCGUCAUGGGCGUGAACGAGGACACCUAUGAUCCAUCCAUGGAGUGCGUGUCCUGUGCCUCCUGCACCACCAACGGCCUGGCCCCAGCAGUCCGCGUCCUGCAAGAGAAGUUCGGCAUCAAGCGCGGCCUCAUGACCACCUGCCACGCCAUGACCGCCUCGCAGCCCACCGUGGAUGGCACCUCCAAGAAGGACUGGCGUGGCGGACGUGCCGGCCCGGGCAACAUCAUUCCCAGCUCCACUGGUGCCGCGAAGGCAGUGGCGAAGGUCCUUCCGGCUGUGAAGGGCAAGCUUACCGGCAUGGCCUUGCGCGUGCCGACCAUCGACGUGUCCGUGGUGGACCUCACGUGUGAGCUGGAGAAGGAGACCACUUACGAGGAGAUCUGCGCAGAGAUGAAGAAGCGUUCCGAGGGCGACAUGAAGGGCUACCUGGGCUACACCGACGAGGCCCUGGUGUCCACGGACUUCGAGACCAACCCGAUCUCUUGCACUUUCGACUCCAAGGCUGGCAUCAUGCUGGACCCCACCUUCGUCAAGGUGGUUUGCUGGUACCUCGGGUUACUUCUGAAUCAGUCUGAAGUUUGCAGAAGGUACGACAACGAGUGGGGCUACUCCUGCCGCGUCGUGGACCUCAUCAAGCACAUGGCCAAGGAGGAUGCCAAGGCGUAA